AUGGGCUUUUUGGCAGGUGAAAUGUUUCGUCUGCCUAAUGGGGAUCAAGCCACUGUGGCUCUCACCCCAAAUUGGACACCCCUUCCUUUCAAAUACCUCCCUUUGCUUGGUGUAGGCAACUCCAAGGCCAUGCCAGGAGAGAAGGGAAAAGGAACUAGCGUUAAGUUUGGCCUGGAGUGGAAGUGCCCUUUGCCAAACAAGCCUCGCUUGGCGGGGUGCCCCGUCGACUGGGCUAUGUAA